AUGCCUCACCGGGCACGCGCAGCUUCUCCGGCCCUGUCGGAGAACGAGUUCGAUAUCACAAGUGCGCUAUUUCAAAACAAUGAUAAUGACAACGACCACGGUACAGGCGUAAACGCCAUUGCUCAACACAAGCCCGCUCCCGGUCAGGCCCUCGAUUUUUUAGGAGAGGACGACGAAGAUGACGGAGAUGGAGCCUUUAUCGCUUCACAGCAGGCAUCUGCAAACCGAAAGGGCGCAAAUCUAAAGGGUCGCACUGUGAAGAAGGGCGGUGGUUUCCAAGUCAUGGGACUCAAUUCCAACCUGCUGAAGGCUAUUACCCGUAAAGGAUAUUCAGUCCCAACCCCCAUUCAGCGAAAGACCAUUCCGGUAAUCAUGGAUGACCAAGAUGUUGUUGGCAUGGCUCGAACUGGUAGUGGAAAGACUGCGGCUUUCGUCAUUCCCAUGAUCGAGAAAUUGAAAAGUCACAGUACCAAAUUUGGAGCCCGUGCUCUAAUCAUGUCGCCAUCUCGUGAACUAGCUAUCCAAACCCUUAAAGUCGUGAAAGAGAUGGGACGUGGAACAGAUCUGCGAGCUGUUCUCCUUGUCGGUGGUGAUAGUCUCGAGGAUCAGUUUGGAAUGAUGACGGGCAAUCCUGAUAUUAUUAUUGCGACGCCCGGUCGAUUCUUGCAUUUGAAGGUAGAAAUGGAUCUGGAUCUGUCCAGCAUCCGCUACGUGGUUUUUGACGAGGCUGAUCGGCUGUUCGAAAUGGGUUUCGCUGCGCAAUUGACGGAGAUUUUGCAUGGUCUGCCCUCCAACCGACAGACUCUGCUUUUCUCCGCUACACUUCCCAAGUCGCUCGUUGAGUUUGCGCGUGCAGGCUUGGAAGAACCAACUUUGAUCCGUCUAGACACGGAAAACAAGAUUUCGCCCGAUCUUCAGAACGCUUUCUUUUCGAUUAAGUCAUCCGACAAAGAGGGUGCUCUUCUUUACAUCCUCCAAGACGUCAUCAAAAUGCCCACCGGCCCUACGGAAAUUGCUAAGAAGUUUCAGGAAAAUAAGGGAGGAUUCAAUGACAGAAAGCGGAAGAGAGAUUUGGAGAAGGGCGUCAACUUCAAAGAAUCACCGACCAAAUACUCGACUAUCGUUUUCGCUGCGACGAAACAUCAUGUGGACUAUAUUUACUCUCUCCUAGUAGAGGCAGGCUAUGCCACCUCUUUUGUCUACGGUUCGCUGGAUCAGACUGCUCGUCGAAUUCAGGUGCAAAGCUUCCGACAAGGAAUUACCAAUAUCCUGGUCGUCACUGAUGUGGCUGCCAGAGGUAUCGAUAUCCCGAUUCUUGCCAACGUCAUCAACUACGAUUUUCCAUCUCAGCCCAAGAUUUUCAUCCAUCGUGUUGGUCGUACUGCCCGUGCUGGUCGGACGGGUUGGAGUUACAACCUUGUUCGGGAUGGAGAUGCCCCGUACUUGCUGGACCUCCAGCUCUUCCUGGGUCGCAGAUUGGUUCUUGGUCGUCAAUUUGGUACAGAAGUUAACUAUGCUGAGGAUGUGGUUGUGGGGUCCCUCCCUAGAGACCCGCUUUCUCGCUGCUGCGAGUGGGCCAACAAGGUCUUAGGUGAAAACACCGACAUCUCAUCUCAACGCCAGGUAUCCGUGAGGGGUGAAAAACUCUACAUGCGCACUCGUAACGCUGCUUCUACCGAAAGUGCGAAGCGCGCCAAACAGCUCACCGCUACAGAGAACUGGAACAGCACCCAUGUGCUCUUCAACGACGAGCGAAAUGAUUUAGAGGCUGAGCGAGAGAAAAUGCUGGCCCGUAUCGGUGGGUUCCGACCACAGGAAACAAUCUUUGAGAUUCAUAGCCGACGUGGUGGCAAGAAUGAAGCCGAUGAAACUCUCGACACAAUCAAACGUCUUCGCACCAACGUCGAAAAGAAAAAGCAACGCAUUCAAGCCAAGGAAGAUGCUAUGAAGUCAGAGCUUGACCUUGGUCAGACUGGGGAGGACGAAUACGAGCAAGAUGAGGAUAAGGACAUGGCUGAUGAAGCCGGGGAUAACAUGUCCAUUGCCUCGGAGAAUGACCUGGAAGUUACGUUCUCUUCCUACUCUCAACCCAAGAGUAAGUCCAACGAGGUGUCUGCGACAGCAUUCCAGAACUCGGACUAUUUCAUGGGUUACACACCCAACAACAACGACCUCGCAGAAGACCGGGCAUACGGCGUCCAUUCGGGCACGAACUCGAACUUUGCUCAGGCCUCACGUAGUGCUACCAUGGAUCUCAACGGUGACGAUGGCCAGCGACACUUUGGCGAGCAGCGGUCGACUAUGCGUUGGGAUAAGCGACACAAGAAGUACGUGGCGCGACAGAACGACGAGGAUGGAUCCAAGGGCGAGCACCUGGUCCGUGGUGAGAGUGGUGCCAAGAUUGCGGCCAGUUUCCGCAGUGGUCGUUUCCAGAGCUGGAAGAAGGGCAAGCGCAUGGGUGCGAUGCCUCGUGUGGGUGAGGCCGAAACACCUGGUGUCAGCUUCCAAAGCUUCAACUCCAAUGCGGGAAAUAACGGCAGGUUCCGCCACACCAAGCAGCAAGCUCCCAAACGGGCUGACCCAUUACGACAUGACUAUGAGAAGAUGGUCAAGAAGAAUCAAGCAGCUCGUGAACGUCAAGGUCCCGCUGCUGGUGGCAAGAGUGAGAUUCGGUCUAACGAGGACAUUCGCAAGGCGCGCAAGCUGCAGCAACAGCGUCAUGAAAAGAACGCGCGGCCUGCAAAGAAGGGCAGACGAUAA